GGAUCUUCUAAAAUGUUUUGCUGUAGUAAAACUUGACUAAAUUAAGUUUGCUAAAACAAAGUAUGUAUAUUUACAAUGAUUGUAAUUUUUAUUUGGUCAGUUUUGAAAACAAAUGAACAAUUAGAAUAAGGAAAAACCCUCCCUGUUUAUGGAACGUUUCAGAUAGCAUCAGGUUUCCCAUCUCAUAAACAGAGCAGGUUUCCUUCACCCAACUGCAAUUCAGACUUUGUAAUCUGGGUUUCAUUGUGAGAUUAAAGCUUUAUUUUGUUAGGUGUGCAUAGUUCUGCAGGAACAUGCAGGCUCUGUGUGACUGUUGUUAUUCUAACCCUAGCCAGCCAGGAGCUGCUGUGUAAGGUUGAGCAUGUAAUAUUUUGGAGGAGUUGUUUGCUAGAGUGGUAAAGCCAGUCUGACGGGUUUGGAGUGGGAGACAGAGCCAGGAUCAGGCGGAAGAGAGUCUGCAGAGCCGGGCUGGUCUGGAGCUGUCCAUAGACAGCCGGUGCCCCUGGGCAGCAGUGAAGAACCUUUCCUGGUAAAUUAGGAAGCUGAUCUGAUUCACUGUAACGGAAACUGCAUCCCUCCCUAGUAUGGAUAUUACACGAAGCACAUGAACCCAGAGCAACACAAAGUUCCCCAGCUCCUUCCGGGACCUGCAUGCUCUUACAAGCAAACUACUGCUGCCUGGGAGUCUGCUGUUUCUCCUCUUUGUUUGAGACUCUCCUGAGGUCUCCACCUGUAUUAUACAAGGAAAUACAAACUGCUGUGCGAACAACAUCGACUGAACCUUACUUUAAACAUAAAUAAAUACAGGUUUGGAUCUGAGACAAAAUAGGAACAAUAUAAAUAUAUCUUCCUGGUUGGAUUAUCUAAAUCUUGGGUUUGAAGAAGACUAUUGCAUUUUUUGGGAGCUGGUUUCUGGAUUUUUGUUUUGUGGUGUGAGAUCCAUCGGGUUGUUAUGGAUCAGGUUCAGCAGAAUGGAGAUCAGGGCCCAUCGGAUACAGAGAUGAAAAGCAAAGGUCUGGAGAAUGCAGAGAGCCUUUCUGUAUCUAGCAACAAGAGGAGGACAUCUGAAAUGUCCAUGGCAUAUCCAGGAUAUUCCCAGGAUUCCCAGGAUCGCCAUGAUGGUACCAGCAAUGGGACAGGUCGGUUACCCCAGCUGGGUUCGGUGGGCCAGUCCCCCUAUGGCAGUGCACCGCCGCUCUCCCACACUCCCAAUGCUGACUUCCAACCGCCCUAUUUCCCUCCGCCCUACCAGCCUAUAUAUUCCCAAUCUCAAGAUCCUUAUGCCCAUGUAAAUGACCCCUAUAGCCUCAACUCCCUGCACGCCCAACCGCAACCUCAGCACCCUGGAUGGCCAGGACAGAGGCAGAGCCAGGAGAGCGGACUGUUACACACGCACAGGGGCUUAACCCACCAGCUGUCCGGUCUGGACCCUCGCAGGGAUUACAGGAGGCAUGAAGAUUUAUUGCAUGGGCACCACGGGCUCAGCUCAGGACUAGGAGACAUCCCUCUCCAUUCCAUACCUCACGCCAUCGAAGAUGUUUCGCACGUAGAAGACCAAGGUAUCAACAUCCCAGAUCAAACUGUAAUUAAGAAAGGACCUGUAUCUUUGUCUAAAUCCAAUAACAAUGCAGUGUCGUCCCUCUCUCUCAACAAAGACAAUCUGUUCGGUGGAGUUUUGAAUCCCAAUGAGGUGUUCUGCUCAGUGCCUGGGCGCCUGUCUCUUCUAAGCUCAACUUCAAAGUACAAGGUGACAGUGGCUGAAGUGCAAAGGAGGUUGUCCCCGCCCGAAUGCCUCAAUGCUUCUCUGUUGGGUGGAGUGCUCAGGAGAGCUAAAUCCAAAAAUGGAGGAAGGUCACUGAGAGAAAAAUUAGAUAAAAUAGGCCUAAAUUUACCUGCAGGGCGACGUAAAGCUGCUAAUGUAACAUUACUCACAUCCCUAGUUGAGGGAGAAGCAGUACAUCUAGCCAGAGAUUUUGGAUAUGUUUGUGAAACAGAAUUCCCUGCCAAAGCUGUAGCUGAAUAUGUCAAUAGACAACAUUCUGAUCCCAACGAGCACGUGACCAGGAAAAACAUGUUGCUAGCUACAAAACAGAUUUGUAAAGAAUUCACAGACUUGCUGUCCCAAGACAGAUCCCCCUUGGGUAACUCCAGGCCAAGUCCUAUUCUGGAUCCAGGUAUUCAAAGCUGCCUGACCCACUUCAACCUCAUCUCUCAUGGUUUUGGCAGCCCAGCUGUAAGUGCGGCCAUUACUGCCCUACAGAAUUAUCUCACAGAAGCACUCAAAGCAAUGGACAAAAUGUACCUCAAUAAUAAUCCUAACAACCACACAGACAGCAGCAAAGGUGGAGACAAAGAGGAAAAGCACCGAAAGUGAUCGGAUUUUCUACCCUUCUUAUUUAAGACUCUUUUACCUUGGGUUUCUAUCUGCUGAUGUAGGCAGAGUACAUUUUAUUGCCAAUCCUGGUCUGAAAAAGUGAAGACUGGCUUCCUGGAAGAUAUCAUCCCUUUGUCUCUUGUUUGGAGUCUUAACAGAACAAGCAAUGGAGCCAUAACUAAAAGUUCUGUUUUAGUGUUCAAACUUUUUUGUAACAAAACUUUUUUUUUAUUAAAUAAACAAAAUUAAAAAAAAUCUAUAUAUAUGAGAGUCGUCCGACUGAAUCAACACCUCCUUCCCUUACAAUGAGAUUGUAGCCCUAAAAACAGAAGGCAGAGGAUGAAAAUAUUUAUCAGUAUUGUGAAUUAACUUGAACACAAAUACUUUCAGUUCCAUGUCCAUGUCUACAAGUUGUACCUUUUUUUCCUCUAAAGGUAAAUUAAACACCUUGAACUUUAUAUUUGGACAGAAUUCACAGUCAUUAUAUAAGGGAAUCAGUGUUUAUGUACAUAUUUAUUUAUGUGUAAUUUAAUGGGAUCUGUAAAUAUGGUGAGUCUGUUUUUUUUUAUUUAUCUGGUGAUCUUGUUUACCUAUUGUUUUUAGUGGGUUUGGAAUCUCCCUCUUAGUUAUUCUACAUGUUGUUAUCUGUACUUAUUAGAAACAGAGCUAUGGGUUACUUAUUCUGGGAUUCAUCCUUUUUAGCCCUGUUGUAGCAUGUUAAAACAACAAUAUACCAACAGAACAAACAAAAAAAGACAAUAAAAUACAUUUUUAUAUUUAA